ACGAAGCUGGCAAACGCUUCGAACACUGCUGGGGGUGGCCCGGAGAGGCCACCACAGCGGGAGCAAGCGCAACAACAACAACAAGAACAGCCAAACAAUAAUCAAGAAACAUCAGCUGCUGGUGGUGGGGCCAGCAACAAUCAAAAUGCCCCACCGGAAGCUGCAGCUGCUGGUGCAAACCCGCAUGAGUGGAAUGCAAACAACACUGGUAACAACAACGGCAACAACAACAACAACAACAACAACAACAAUGGGAAUAAUAACAACAACCAGCAGCAGAAUCAGAACAACCAAAACGCGAACGCUAAUAAUGAGGAGUGCGAUCGGUUCAGCUUCGAAGAUUCAGAUCGGUUCGAAGAAGAUUCCUUGUGCAGCUGGAGUUCGGAACCGGAAAGUGUGUGUAAUAACUGGCGCGGCUGGAAGAAACCCACUGGCACGACUAUUAUAUUUGGAUUCAAUGGAAACCGCAGAGCUGUCGAAGGAGAAGUAACAACACUAACGGAACUAGCAGCACGCUGUGUGGCUUCGUACAUACCCUUCGAACUGGUGGAGCAUGUCUACCCUCCUGUUCCUGAACAACUUCAGUUACGAAUCGCUUACUGGAGUUUUCCCGACAAUGAGGAAGACAUUCGGUUAUACUCCUGCUUGGCCAACAGUUCUGCUGACGAAUUCCACCGGGGUGAACAGCUAUUCAAAAAUCGAGCGGUCAAGGAUCCGCUACAAAUUGGGUUCCACCUAUCAGCCACCGUAGUGGUUACGCAGCCUCGGAAUCAGUUCAAUGUGGCCGUUACAUUCGACCGCCGAAGGAUUUCGUCCUGCAGUUGUACGUGCCUGCCGGCCGCGUACUGGUGUUCUCAUGUGGUCGCCGUCUGCUUACAUAGGAUUCACUGUCCUACGAAGGUCAGCCUACGCGCGCCGGUUUCGGAAUCACUUUCUAGACUGCAACGUGAUCAGUUGCAAAAGUUUGCUCAAUACUUGAUCAGCGAACUAUCGCAGCAAAUUUUACCAAUUGCACAACGCCUGCUCGAUGAACUGCUCAGCUCUCAGCCAACAACUAUAAAUACCGUUUGUGGGGCUCCCGAUCCGACUGCUGGCGCUUCGGUGAAUGAUCAGACAAACUGGUAUUUGGACGACAAAACGUUACACGACAACAUCAAAAAGAUAUUGAUCAAAUUUUGCUUGCCAACGCCCAUGGUAUUCAGCGAUGUAAAUUAUUUAACGAACUCUGCUCCUCCGGCUGCUGCCGAAUGGAGUUCUUUGUUGCGUCCCUUGAGGGGAAGGGAACCGGAAGGAAUGUGGAAUUUACUGUCGAUUGUGAGGGAAAUGUACAGACGAUGUGAUCGCAAUGCUGUACGAUUGCUGGAAGUAAUCACGGAAGAAGUGAUGGCAUGUGACCAAAUUUUGGUUUGGUGGUUCAACAUUAAGCUUGCGCUAUUGGUAGGGUCAAAUGGACAUGGAGGAGGAAAGCAUAGUAAUACGCAUUCGAACUCCAAUGCAACGCAACAUGCAUGCGCUUCAUUGUGCGAUGAAAUUGUAGUCUUGUGGAGGUUAGCUUCGUUGAAUCCCGGACUGGCUCCAGAUGAACGAGAUAUGCUUCAUGCACAGUUUACGACAUGGCACUUGAAGAUAUUAGACAGGGUAGCAAAGAACAUGGUCGCAUCUUCGUCACACAGCAGUAAACAACAGCAAAAUCUGAGAAAUGAUGCAGAGUUAUUUGCUGGGUUUAAGCCGGCAAUCGAAGCAUGUUAUUUGGACUGGGAAGAUUAUCCAAUCGAAGGCAUAACACACACGCAGGACACGAAUCCGAUGUAUCACUGUCCGUUCACGUGUUUUAAGCAAAAUAGUGAGUCAAAGGCUGAAUCUAGUUUAGGUCAGGUUAACUCUAGCCAAGCGGUACUACAGAAUAAUGUCAAACAGUUCCAACAGGUACCACAUCACCAUCAUCACUUUAGUCACCAUCAUCAUCACGGUCAUGGUGGUCAUCAUAGUGGGGCAGUGUUAGCAUCGGCUUCGUCCAGCUCAGGUGCUGGAACAGCCGGAAGUGGCGGGAUUAUUGUAAGUAGUAGCAACUGCAAUGCCGUGGUUACUAGUGGUGCUAAUUCAGGGGCGUCAAAAUCUCAUCAUCGACGAGACUAUCGCCACCGGGAACGAUGCUAUGGAUCAAGCAACAGUAGUAGUGACAGCGUGCCUGAUCGUCUGAACGAAACUGCAAGUAGUUCAAAGAUCGACCAGCAUCUAUCUACAACGGCAACGACGAUAAAUAGUGGAGGAAAUCGGUCCAGCAUUAGCAGCGAAGGGUUCUGCGAGAACGAUGAUGAUGUAAAUGUGAUGGAAGACAUAUCUGCUCCUGUUCCGAUCAAAAAGAAUGAAAGUAACAGCGAAUCUUCAAAUAGUUCGUCGUCAAGUGCAGAAGAAAGCGCUGCUAAAUGUUCUGGUAAUAUGCCAUCGGAUAGCAGCGAUGUUAACAGCAUUCUAAAUGACAUGAAUAACUACGAUAUCUCCGGUAACAUAAAACUGUACGAAGUAUAUCAUCCAGAUGCACAACCGGGAACGUCAAGUUCAACGUGUUCUUCGUCGCCAUCGACGGCUACAACUGCUACGAAGAUUGUUCCAACCGAAAACAGUCGAACAAGUGCCAACAAAUCCCUGAGCGAAACUGAAAAGUCUCAUAAUGAAGGAAAAGGCUCGUCUGCCACUGUGUCUAAGGAAAUAUCUCCUGAUUCUGACAGACACGAACGGCGGCCAUCGAAAGACGAAAGCCUAUCAAGCUCAGAUAGUCAACAGAACAUUGAUGAAUAUAAUAUGUAUUACUACGACUCGAAGCAAGCUCAAGCACAGCACCAGCAAGAGCAACAGCUAAAGCAGCGACAACCGCAAGAAUCGAAGCAACAACCGCAGCAAGUAUUUUCCAACUUGAAGCCCACGGAAGAUGCUUGGGAUAUACUGUUUGCCCGCGCAGAAGGUCUCCAUGCUCAUGGUCAUGGACGAGAAGCUUGCAUUCUCGGUGUUCGUUUAGCGGAGGAAAUGCUAGCCAAUCCUCCCAAUCUGAUGAUUGAGCUACCGCCUCCACCGAAGAAGAAAGGUAAAAAGCACAACAUAAAUCCGAUUUCGCAUCAACUAAGUGUGCUUGCUUCAGCCACAUUAGCAAAGUGUGCUUUUCUGUGUACUGUUCUCGCGGAUAAUUCAGAACACUAUCAUCUGGCAUUCCGUGUGUGUUUGUUCGGAUUAGAAAUGUCCCGACCUCCAGCGAGUACGAAACCACUGGAGGUGAAACUCGCAAACCAGGAGUCUGAUCUGCUCGCGUUAUUGAAGCGCAUUCCCCUGGGUCAUUCCGAACUGAACAUCAUACGAGAAAGGGCAGAAGCUUUGCGAGAUGGAACGCUAAAAUCACGAGGUGAAGCGCUGCUACCUAUCAUGUUAGCAAGCUUCAUUUUUGAUGCACUGGUGAUGCCCAGUAUCAUUGGUAGGGAGAACCGAAUGAAGGUUAUGAGUCAAUCAUUUAGAUUACCCACAGAUGAGAAUCUGGGAUUCGAAGCGGCUGUCGCUGCAUUGGGUCUUAAGGCGAAUGUUUCUGAAGCGGAACAUCCGCUUCUUUGCGAAGGAACUCGCCGGCAACGGGGAGAUCUGGCAUUGACUCUGCUUUCGUAUUACAAAGAUGAUCCCAGGAAAAUUGGUCGCGUGAUGGAAAAGUUACUAGAUCGGGAAAUUCAUUCUCUGAUAAAAACUCCUCUUUUACCAUCGUAUUACUCAAACAAUCCACCAACACGAAGUCAGACAUCACAAUUGCGGAUGGAAGAGUAUGAAUCGAACAGCCAACAGUUGUACGCCAGUAGUGAUCUUCAGCAACCGCACCAUGCAGGUUUACCACAGAAUGAAUUCAUGGUUAAUAGCCGUCCUCAAAGCAGUACUAGUGCCGAAGUGGAAAUAGGGAUGGGAGCGCUCAAUUUAGGACAACCGCAACCUAUGCCGGCAGGGCCAGCUCCUGGACCAUCUAACGCACAACCUAUAAUUACGGGACCCCCAGGUAGUGUGGCGGGAUCGGUCUCCACGACAACUACCCGUUCGAAGGAUUCCCGCUACAAAGGUAAACGAGCGUAUCCGUCUAUCCCGAACCAACCGUCGGAAGCAAGCGCACAUUUCAUGUUUGAGUUGGCGAAGAAUGUCCUCACGAAAGCUGGUGGAACAUCGUCUACUUCGUUGUUUACACAAGCUUCGACAAAUCAAAAUCAUCAAGGACCACAUCGGGGGUUGCAUAUGUGUGCUUUUCAGCUGGGAUUAUAUGCCCUUGGCUUGCACAAUUGUGUCAGUCCCAAUUGGCUCUCGAGAACCUAUUCAUCCCAUGUAUCGUGGAUCAUUGGCCAAGCAAUGGAUAUAGGUGCCCCGGCUAUAUCAUUUUUGAUUGACACAUGGGAAGGUCAUCUGACUCCACCGGAAGCUGCAGGAAUGGCCGAUAGAGCUUCUUCUCGGGGUUGGGAUAGCAACAUGGUGAACCCAGCUGCAGAAUUAGCACUAUCCGUGUUGCCUCAUGCUGCCGCCUUGAAUCCAAAUGAAAUUCAACGUGCGAUACUGCAAUGUAAGGAACAAAGUGAUCGAAUGUUGGAACGAGCUUGUCUGACGGUGGAAAAUGCUGCUAAGGGGGGUGGUGUAUAUCCCGAAGUCCUGUUCCAAGUGGCUCGUUAUUGGUACGAGCUGUAUUUGAGAAACACUCCCGGAGGGGAGAUGGAGCCAAACGAACAGCAUGAUUACUUUAGCGUUAAUAUCAUGUCCUUGAUGGAUUCUGGUGACAUGCAGCAACAAGCGCAACCUCCUCCACCAGCGAAUCAACCAGUUGUAGUUAGCGCAACACCUCCUCAGCCGUAUCAACAGACAGUUACAACGUUGGCACCGAUUGGGUUAGCUCCAUACGGACCCUAUAGUUUCCCUUGUCAAGGAAUUUAUCAUCAAAACAUUCCUUACCAUGCCAACCAGAUGCAGAUGUAUAUAUCAACACCACCACAAUUUCAAUACCCGCCACCACCACCACAUAACAAUCCCCCGCAACAACAGCCAGGAGGAUAUCAGCAGCCACUAAACACAAGUUAUCAGCCUAUUCAGCCACACCCGGCAGUGCCCCCACAGGGAUACAAUCCACAACAGUAUCCACAAGUUCCGGUUCAGGUUCAGGUUCCACCGCCACCGCCUAACCAGCAGCAAAUGCAACAGAACCUGCAAUACUAUGGACCCCAGGCGGUUUCUAUGCAGCAACCUCCUCAACCUCAACAACCACCACCUCCGCGGCCGCAACCUGGGCAUGGUUAUCAGCCUUACGCUGUUCCUCCUUCAACUCCUCCUGUUCGGCAACGCCAUCCCCAUCAAUUCACUCCUACUCAACUACGCUAUUUGCUUGCGGCUUAUAAUGCUGGUAUGCUCGCACUCGAAACUCUGGCUCGAAGAGUUCACGAUGAUCGACCCCAAGCGAAGUAUGCACGUAAUCCACCCUACGGAGAGGAUGUCAAAUGGUUGCUACGGAUCUCAAAACGUCUUGGCACCCAAUAUCUCCAUCAAUUCUGUGUUUGCGCGGUAAAUUCGAUCGUUUCACCAUUCGUGUUGCAUGAAGUAGCCAUCGAAUCGGCUCACUAUCUCUCUCGAAACAACCCGGCAGUGGUAAUGCAGCACCUGCGUUCGGCACUGGCACCACUGAUGCAAAAAUGUCAGCAGAUGUACAUCCAAUGCAUUCACCAAAAGUUGUACCAUUUAACGGUAGCGGAUUACGAAGAAUUUACCAGCACUAUUCUGUCUGCGCGGAAUGCGUUCCAAAUAACGCCUGAAGGUAGUGCACAGUUCAAAGACUGGCUGCAAUCUAUUAAGCGCUCGAAGUCCUGCAAGAAAGAACUUUGGACUCAGAUCAACGCAGCUCUCAAUUCUAAAUGACAACGACUAGAGUCGAUCGGUUCCGAACUAAACAACCUUACUUCGGCUACCGGCAAUGUUUCGAAUUCUUCGUCUUCAGCCGUGGCUAUGGUAGCCGCUUCUGCCAACUCCACGACAUCACCAGCACUUUCUUCAUCGGCAACUUCUACUUCUUCUGGACCGUCAAUACAGCAGCAGCAACAAACACUGGGUAUUGCGGCGAUCAAUCAUAACAAUAGAACUGUUGUAGAUGAAGAUAGUGUUAUGAAACCUUUAGCAUCGUCCUCUGGGGUAACUGCAGCAACAGUUGCAGCUGCUGCCACAUUACCGCCUUCAGCGUCUGCGGUCAUCUCAGCAGCGGCUGUAGCUGCUGCCGCCACAGGUACACUAGCUAGUAUGAAACACCUAGGUCACAGCUCAACAGCCAACCAUAGGAACAACAAUAGUCUGAUGCACUCACAGCAUCAGCAAUCUCAGCAAUCCCAACUACACCAUCAGUCAGCUGCUUUGUCCCAGGCGUUGCUCCAUGCUCCAUCUCAGUCAUCGUCAGGGUCCUUGGUUCCGCACCAUACACCAGCAAUUCCAUCGUCCCAGCAUCCUCAUGCUCCUUCGGCGGGAUCGUCUGCUUCUUUCCACCAUAUGCCACCGGGUGGUAUUCCGCCGACAGUGACUCCCGCAGCUACUGGGUCAACAUCCAGUGCACCAAACUAUCAUCAUCACCACCAUCAUCAUCACCAGGCAGCGGCUAUGUUGACCCUGGCUGUAAGUAAUCCUCCGGCGGCACUACCCCAUCAGCAUCAUCAGCAAAAUAUCAAUCUGAACGUGAAUCAUCAUCUGAUCUCCGCACCAAUCGUGGUGGACUUCUCCAAUAUGACUGUGAACUGUGUUCAACUAGGCCAGGAGAACCAACAGCAUCUUCAACAGCCGCCACCCCACAUGGGUGCAGGUCACGGCCCCAGUCCGAUGGCUGGUAGUGGCAGUAUUCCUCCGGGUACUGCUGGCGGAAGAUUAAAGUAAAAAUAAAACUCACACUCAUCUCAUCCAGAUUUGUGAAGGGUAAGCAAAAGUAGAAGUGGUUUACGAUUUGUUCAGAUAACUCGGUUUGAGAUUGGAUUAUAGAGCCAUCAAUCAUGUCGUCUCUGACUCGGAAAAUGUUUCGUAAACUGAUAUGGACAUUUUCUUUUUCCUGAGGUUUUUCAAAGUGCAAACACUUGACCAGUGCUUGUGCUUUAUUUAUUGAUUUUUACCGUAAUAUUUACCUACAAAAUACCUGCAUUGCUGUUCAGGUUUGCAUAGUUUUACAGAUGAUACGUCCCUUAAAUUGGCUAUUGAUUGUUUCUUGAUUGAUUGGAUCAGUUUACAAACGUUGUCCAAGCAGGCCUACGUAAGCGAUUCUCGAUGAUGGUUGAAAGCUCAUUUUCUCAUGAUCUAAUUAUUCUUAUUAAAGCUAGAACUGUGCGUCAAAUGCUUUGCGGGUAAGAACAUCAAUAGGACAUCACUUCUAGAACAAAGGGGCGAACAGCCAAAUAUAAACAAUGACUAAUACAUGCAAACUAACACUAUGAGGGGGAGUUUGCUCUAUCACUUUAACACUCUUGGGUCAUUCGUGGCUUGUCCGGGGAUGAGGUGACUUUGGCGUGAGAGGUAUGGAUGUUAACCGCUACGCCGGGACCGUGCCCUACGUGGAAGUGUUGUGAUUCGUGAGAAAUCGACACUUGUUUACGAUUGGCUCGUCCGCCCUUUCCCCACGUUGGUCUAGACUUGAUCCAAUUUUCGCUCCUUUUAUUCAAAUGCAAACAAUUUUCGAAAACAAAAUCUUAUUGCUUAUUGUAAAAUUGGGUUUUGAUCUAAUUUUGUUGUUGAGUUGAGUAAAGGUUUGAAUCAAGUGGGCGAAUUUUUGGUGUUACUUACUGAUGUUAAACCUUCCGGCGUAUCUUUAUCCGAGUGGCUUACGGAUCUUUAUAUAAUAUGGCCUUGUUGUGUUUUCUUCCUAUUUCAAGUCUUUUUAUCCUUUUUGUUCAACCCUGAAAAAUCCCCAACCUCAUGCUUUAAGUAGACAAUGUAUUUUAGUUAUUCAUAUUUUAAAACAAUUGCAAACAAUAUGUUAUUUUAAAUGAAUUUUAAUUUUGAACACUUUAUAUUAUACACACCCUCAUUUUUAACCAACCUAAGUAGAAACAUGAAGCUUUCCAUUCGACAGAUUAAUAUUUUACAUACUUCUAAAAAAGAAAUCCAAAUUGUAGCCCAAGAUCAACAUUAUACUAUCACAAAAGAUUGUGUUCAGCCGUUCAAACUUCUUAUCUCAUCACUAUAAUUUGCUCUUGUUAAGUAGUAGAAACGGAUUUAGAUAUAGGUAGUAGGUACGCUCACAUCCAUUUUCCUCAUUGACAUCUGAAAACAUCAAACAUCAUACACAAAUCAGGGUUGAAGUUUUCGAUAAGUGUGCGAAUAUUUCGGCUCUGCACUCAAAGAAGUUACCACGUUGUUUUCGUGUGAAAUUUCACUUGCAAGUGCACGCAUAACUAACCACAAAAUCACAUAAAAAUGAUGUGCCCAAUGAACUGUGUAUGGAAAAUCACAUAGAAUUCAUGUGAUCACACAAAUACUAUGUGUAAUUCAUAUACAUAUUGGACAAAAGUUACAAGCGUUUCCAAUGAAAACAACAUGAAAACUUUUUUUCAGUUGCCGAUAUAGCAAAAAACCACGUGUGAAUUAUUUUUCGUUUGAUCUGUGAUUAUAUUUUCGCUUACAACCUAAGUGAAAUGAUAACUUUAAGUCGACUUCUACUAUUAAAUAAAAUAGAAAUGUACGUAGAUAAAGAAUCGAAGAACGGCAAUUUCUCUUGUAAUAGUUAGGACAGAAACCUUUCCGCUAAUAAUCCGAAAGAAUAAAUAGAAACUUUUUGGUUUGAGUAAAAAGUAAUGUGAAAAAUAAAAUGAGGGAAAAUAAUUUUAAAAGUUCUUAGAAUGCAUCCACAUUACGAUUAAUAAUCGUCAAAAGUAACAUGAUAGUGACAUUAUAAAAAGAAAUAAAGUAGCAUGAUAAAAAAAACUAGAAACAAACAAAAAAUAAGCACACAUUUUAAUUCUUCAUAGAUGUGUAACUUUACGUGAUUCUGAAUGUAGAUGUUUUGUAGUGUAUGAUGCUAUUGCGAACAAUAGCCAAACCGGUGUAAGGUAGAAGCCAGAAAAAAAGAAAACAGAAAAGGAAAGCAACUAUUUUAUUUUCUAUUUAUCUCAGAGGAAAACGAUGUUUAACUGUUACAUAGAAAGCAGUUACACUAUAGAAAACAAGAUCUCAUUUUGGAAAGGAAAUAUACAACUACUUGGAAUUAGAUCAAGAAAUGUAAAAAAUGCAGUAGAUCUAACUAACAUUUUGUCUAAAGUAGUAACUAAGCAAAAGGGGUAUGUCGAAGCAAUACACCGUCGCUCAUAGAAGAUGCAUUGCCUGUAAUUCAUUUUGCCUAUUGUAUUAAGAUCAGCUCAGUUGAAACUGUUUUUUUAUGGAAUUAACUGUUUUGCGGCAAUUAUUUAAUAAAACGCUUUGCAUUACGUACCCGAAUGCCGCUGUAACAUUUGCGGAACGAACUACUGGUUAUGGGAAACUCUUAUGAGUGAAAGUGUACAUUUGACAUAGGUAAACAUAUAUUGCACUAAAAGUUAGAUACAUUGAUAAAUUAUGCAGGAAAAAUCUUUCCAGAAAUAGUAUGAAGAAAAAAGUACGUACGGAACAAACUCUAUCCAUGCAUAUGUGCAAACUGCACUGAAUUCAUAAUCAACAUACCUAUUUCAGAUGUUUUCGGUUUAAAGAAAUUGGAUAAAGGUGGCAUAGAAUACUGUAAAUAACGUUACAAGCGAAACUAAAACAUGAUCACGUGUCUUAAAAUUUAGUAGCGUCAUAACAAAAUGAAAAAAAUAAAAAUAAAACUAGUAGCGCAGUUUAUCGAUGUGUCAGGAAUGCUAGAUUCGUUAUUUCAGAAUUUUAAAAUAUUGUUUAGGCAAAGAACAGACAUAUAUUUGAACAUUCCAGGAAAAAAACAGUCGAAUUUCUAUAGAUUCCUUUGAAUUUUUUUUUCCUAAAAAUUGAUUUGCUCAACUACGAUUAUAACUGGACAAUUUAUCAAUCAUGUACGCAUAAGAAAGAGUUCCAAGAACCAGAAUUACAAUGAUUUAAUUUGCAACUAUUUGUAGGUAUCUACAAGUGAAUUGCUGAGAUUACGUCCGGAUUAUAAAAUGGCAAUGGAAAAAGACAUUCGAUCGCGCGUAUGUUUUCGCCUUUCGUAACUUAACAAAACAUCUGAAUUGAUCCACUUGUGGUGUUUGACUCUUGUUACUAAUUGAAAUUCCAAUCAAAAUGCUCGAAUCUGCAUAUUUAGGAAGAGAAGUCAGACAAUUUCUGAAUGAUGUUAAUAUUGAAUAACCUAACAAAUUUUGGCCAUUUCCCCUGGGGCAACCGGAUCAUGGCCGAGUGUUUUCAAUGUGUUCCUAGGCACACAAUAUACAUAUAUAUUGUUCGAUUUUGGCUCAAUACAGAUUCCUAUAUGGGUGGAGUGGCAAAUAUCCUCCCCUAGUUCAGUAACAAAAGUUAUUUUCAGAAUCUUUAAAAAAAGUUGUUAGAUCGCAUCAUCGACCUACCACUC